GUUAUUUUCUCUCCCGCUUUUUUCAACUUGGAAACCCUAAUUUAUCACACUGCAACGAACCUUAGGUCAGAAAAAGGAGCCCAAAAUUUGCGUCUUUCGCCUUUUUCGUGGCAGACUGGGGAAUCCUAAUUUUCCACAACUAGUGCUAGGGCACAAACGAGACAUACUGUUCCUAGUUUAUCAUGCUUUUCCCUUUCAUGGCGGUAUUUGGCUUCCAAUUUAAACCAAUUUUGGAAGCCCAUGGUUUUUGGGACCCAGAAAUAAGCAGAGAUUGGCUGGUAUGAAGUCUACGGGUUCUUGUUAUCGUGUUAUGAACUGGAGAAGAUUCCAGCGAAAUGGGAGCACUGGGGUGGAGGUUAAUUUUGUUUUAAGAAUUGCAGAGUACGAGAGUUUUAUUUCUUUGGUCUGAAAUCUAGGGUUUCUUGCUGCUAAUAGAAUAAAUGAAUGUUUCUCUGAUUGACUUGAGUGGUUCAAGAUUAUUUAAAUUUAGUUAUUUAUCUUAAAUCUUUUGAGGCCCUUCCUAGUGAACAGGGGAGGAAGAAUUAUUCACAAGUUCAGCCCAAUUUCAUGGCUGAAGAAGGCCUCAGACGCUUAGGUCAUUCCCAAAGGAACCGAGCCCAGGCUGGAUUCUCCACUGGUUUGGCAGUUGUAUUAAAUUCGGAAGAUCAUAGAACCAAUCUUCCCAAAACCCAUUUGAUUUCCAGUAGUGAUGACUUAGGUAGUGGAUCCAUUGACCGAGCUCUAGAACACGUUUUUGACCUACCCCACAAAUCACUUCAUUCCCACAAAUCCUCAAUCAAUACAGACUUUAUCCACUCAAUCUUAAAACGUGAAAGUCAAAGGUUCCAGUUGCAAUCCAGUUCACCUUCUUUAACCAGAGAGGGCAUCAUCAUUUUUGAUAGUGGUCAUGGAACUGAAACCGUUGUCAUAGAUGAAGCUAGCACUUGUGGGGAUAUUAGGGUUUUUAAGCAGCCGCUGCUGAUUGAAAGCCAGGCAGUAUUUAGCAGUGCACGUGCUAAUGCUUGUGUUUGGAAAGGGAAGUGGAUGUAUGAAGUGGUUUUAGAAACUUCGGGUGUUCAGCAACUUGGUUGGGCCACUGUUUCAUGUCCAUUUACUGAUCAUAAGGGUGUUGGAGAUGCUGAAGAUUCUUAUGCUUUUGAUGGAAGAAGGAUUAGCAAGUGGAACAAGGAGCAUCACUCUUAUGGGCAAUCUUGGGUUGUUGGGGAUGUUAUUGGGUGCUGCAUUGACCUCGAUCAGGAUCAAAUUUCGUUUUUUCGGAAUGGUGUUUCUCUUGGGGUGGCUUUUGAUGGGAUUCGAAAGAUGGAAGCAGGUUUUGGGUACUACCCUGCUGUUUCUCUCUCUCAAGGUGAGCGUUGUGACCUGAACUUUGGGGCAAGGCCUUUCAAAUAUCCAAUUGAAGGGUUUCAUCCUAUUCAAUACAUGCCAACUUUUAGUGAUGGUGAUAAGAAGGCUUUUGCCCCAGAUGUGGCCUCUUACUUGCUUCAAUGUAUAUCAAGGCUCAUAAGGCUUCAAAGUGUCGACCUUUCGGCUUCGAGUUCUGUUGACAAUUUGAGAAGACUGAAGAGGAUUGCUCCACUUGAGGAGCUCUUUGGGCUGAUAUCACUAGGUAUUUGUCAAGAAUUCUUUUCUUUGGUGGAACUUAUGUCAGGAAAUGUUGAAUAUAUUUGUUGGGGACCGCUGGUUUCAUUCUUGUUUGACAUAUUUGGGGUGAAAGCACCACAUGAUUAUGCAAGUCUAGAUAUGGUUCUUGAUCUCUUUCUAGGGUUUAAUGGGUUCGAGACAUUGGUUGAGCAUGUUAUUCAUGCUCUAGGUACUGGUUGCAAAACAGCACCUCUGGUUCUGACUGAUUGCCCUUUCACUGGGUCAUACCCAUAUCUUGCCUUAGCAUGUUAUAUUCUCAGACGAGAAGAGAUGAUAAUCCAGUGGUGGAAGUCGACUGAUUUUGAGUUUCUGUUAGAAGGGCUUCUGUCACGAAUGGUUCCGAACAAGCAGGAUUUGCAGUAUCUGAUGCCUACUGUCUGGUGGCCUGGUUCAUGUGAGACGAUGACAUCGGUAUCUCAUAUGGUACAAAUCACGGAGGCAUUAUCUGGAGCCGUUGGUAAGAUAGAGGAGAUGCAUAGGGAACUUUGUCGACUUGUUAUCCAAUUUGUACCUCCAGUAUCGCCCCCACAAUUAACUGGUUCAGUAUUCAGGACAUUCUUACAAAACCUCAUUUGGAAGAACCGAGGUGCUGACCGCAACGUGCCACCUCCUGGGCUCUCAAGCAACUCUGUCCUUGUUUCUAUGUACACAGUGAUUCUCCACUUUCUAUCUGAGGGUUUUGGUAUGGGGGAUGUCUCUGGAUGGAUGAAAGGGUUUGUCAAUAGCAAAGGUUUUCUUCAUAGAGGAGGGCAACAAAGUUUCCCUGUAAGCUUGUUUCUUAAGGCUGAUCCCCAUCGUGUUGACUUCUCGAGGCUUGGGGGAUCAUAUAAUCAUUUAUCAAAAUGCCAUCCUGUGAUUGAUGGGGAAGUGGAAGUGGUUCAGUGGGAGGAAGGUUGCAUGGAUGAUGAAAAGACAAGAAUAACACAUUCUACCAAGCAAAAGCCUUGUUGUUGUUCGAGUUCUGACUUUGAAUUUACUAAAAGUACACAUCCUGUUAGAAUUAUAACUAGAGGUUCCAGGGGUCAUUGCAGUUCGAUUCCAGAGAGAUCUUCUCAAGUUACGGCAGAAUGCAGUGCUAGUGGUUUGAGUGAGGAGAUUGUGGCUAAUAAACCAAGUUCAAGUGACCGGCCUGAACCUGACUUUGGAUAUCGGCCAAUACAUCAACUUAGGAGUGUGCCAAAGUCAAGUCUGCUGUCUUCAGGAACAUUGCAAGAGGAGGAACUACUAGAUGCUAUGCUACUGUUAUACUAUUUGGGUCUCUCUCCAAAUUUUAAGCAGGCAUCAUAUUACAUGUCCCAUCAAUCGCAAUCCAUCUCUCUCUUGGAUGAAACGGAUAAACAAAUUCGAUCAGAAAGGACAUGUGCGGAGCACCUAAAACGUUUGAAAGAAGCCAGGAAUGUCUACCGAGAAGAUUUGAUUGAUUGUGUUAGGCAAUGUGCAUGGUAUCGGAUCUAUUUGUUUUCUAGGUGGAAGCAAAGGGGAAUGUAUGCUGCAUGCAUGUGGAUUGUGCACUUACUCUUGGUCCUAAGCAAGAUGGAUUCUGUUUUCAUUUAUAUCCCAGAAUUUUAUUUGGUAGCUCUGGUUGACUGUUUUCAUGCUUUACGUAGGAGUGACCCCCCAUUCGUGUCGUCAUCGAUUUUUCUACAGCAUGGGCUGUCUUCAUUUGUCACUUUUGUAGUUACACAUUUCAAUGAUUCAAGGAUAUCGAGUGCGGAUCUGAAAGAUGUUCUCCUCCAAUCCAUAACUGUCUUAGUACAAUACAAGGACUUUUUGAUUGCUUUUGAAAGCAAUGAAGCAGCUGUUGAGAGAAUGCCCAGUGCUUUGCUUUCAUCAUUUGAUAACAGAUUCUGGAUUCCGGUGACAACCAUACUUCUAAGGCUCUGUAUUGGCUCUGGUUUUGGAACGCCAAAGCCUGCAGAGUCCUCGUCAAUCCACUUCCAGGGAUUACUGCAGAAAGUUUGCCUCCAAGAUGAAGAACUGUUCUGCACCUUUCUCAAUCGACUGUUUAACAAUCUCAGCUGGACAAUAACAGAAUUCUCAGUCUCAAUCCGAGAGAUGCAAGAGUCUUAUCAGGUCCAAGAAAUGCAGCAGAGGAAAUGCACCGUGAUAUACGAUCUCUCAUGCAGUCUCGCUAGAGUACUGGAGUUUUUCACACGUGAGAUACCUCGCGCAUUCCUUUUUGGUCCUGUCACCAACCUUAGGAGGCUUACUGAGCUGAUCAUCUUCAUCCUCAAUCGCAUGACUUCUGCUGCUGAUGUAGAGUUCUUCGAAAUGUGUAUUAGGCGACAGCAUCAGUCUAUUGAGAAGGUAAACCGAGCUAUGAUGUUAGCGCCCUUGGUUGGUAUGAUCUCAAACUUGGUGGAUGCAAGUGGUGAUCCUUCCCAAGUGGUGGAAAAUGAUGUUGUUGAAGUGUUUGCAAGCAUGGACUGCUCAGCAGCCUUGCAUUUUGGGUUCCAAUAUCUCUUGGACUACAAUUGGGGUGCUGUGUCAAGAGCUGGUGUCUCGCUAGCCAGACUGAGGCAACUUGAGAGGUUCACAUUUUGCCUGAGGAUUCGGGCAGAAAGAGAGGGUAGAUCGGUUACCAACGAAAUUUGUGAUGAGAGAGAAAAUGAAGAAAGCUGUUGCAUUUGCUACUCAUGUGAUGCCGAUGCCGAGUUUGUGCCUUGUAAUCACAGGUCAUGCAUUGGGUGCAUAACCAGGCAUCUUCUCAAUAACAGGAAGUGCUUCUUUUGCAAUAGAGAGGUGCUGGAAGUCGUGAGCAAGGUUGGAAGCUCAGAGAAGCGGAGCUGAAUCUGUCUAUGUAUAUAUACACGUGUUCGAGGUCAUGAUAUGUUCAUGGAGUGACCACGAAUCCGGCGUCAUAAUGUUUGCCUUGAUGCUGAAAUGUGGUGAAACGAAAGGAAUUCAUCCACAAAAUGUCGCCAGAUUCUUAUGCUAUGUAUGCGGCAUGUACUUGUAUUUGGUGGAUUCUGUUCAUUUGGUUUUUUUUGGAGGCAGGUGUCUACUCUCUCUCCUAAACCCGAAAAUUAAGGGUUCGAAAGCGGAGUUAAAUGUAAUGGAAGGAGAGAGAUUAAGUGGUAUGCAGUUGGUAGGGAAUUUUGUAGGAAGUCGGGGAUAAUUAUUCUGUAUAUAUGAGGUGUAAGCCAAAGGAAUUGUAAGGUGGUCUCUCUCUCUAAGGGAGACACGGUCUCUCCUCA